AAUGUAAUCAACCCGGAAGAAUGUCACGUAUAUUGCGCAGUUUUAAAGGUUAUUGUGGGCGACAAAACGCAUUUAGGACAUUUUCCGUCUGUUACUGUGUUCAUCGACACGGAUACCGGUGCCAUCGUGGAAAUCUUGUGUUAUUUCAUCAGAUCUCGGAACUGUACUUUACCAAAAUGGGAUGUAAGAUGCGAGUGGCUUGUUUUGCGUUCUUGCUGGCUGCAUCCACAACAGAAAUCCUAGCACAGUUAAAUGUCACUCAUUAUACAGUAGAAUUUAACUAUGAAAUUAUCCAUUGUAAAUUGUGUCCUCCUGGCACUUUCUGGGUUAAGCAUUGUACACAAGACGGUGGCCAUGCAAUAUGUCAGGACUGUCCUGAUGGAAGGUUUAUAAAGCACUAUAAUCGAGUGCUUUAUUGUAGAAGGUGUACUGAAUGUACAGAAAAUGAUCAAACAACGGGUGAAGUGGCUGAGGCGUGUACGCAGUUUCACGACACGAUAUGUGAGUGUAAACCAGGGUACUGGAGAGAAGAAAGUGUCGGAGAUUGCCAAGAAGUGUCACCGUGUGAGUCCGGAUAUGGCGUGAAAAAAAUGGCGAACAGUCACAAAGAUACAACAUGUGAGAGAUGUGUUAACAAGAAGACCUUCUCCAGCACCAGUUCUGAGGUGACGCCGUGCCAGAACUGUUCACAUUGUCUGGAGGGAUGGGUGCAGAAAAUACCAUGUAACGAAACUCAAGACACUAUGUGCAUUCCUAAAGAUGAAGUAAAGGCAGACAUUUUAAUUAUCACACUUUUGGGAUUGGUCGGUGUCGUUUUACUCCCGGUUGUUAUCAUGUGGAGAAAAACCUGUCCAUUUCUUGAAAAGUUUUGCAGUCUUAAUCAAGAAAAGCAUGAUGACGAGGAGCAAGCCUACCCACUACAGCAAGGUAGACGACGUCAAGAAAACCUUGAUGACGUGGAACAAGCCAACUCACUACAGCAAGGUUGAACUCCUAACAAGCCUGAAGUAAAGUGAGUAAUAUUUAGCUGUUCGAAAUUAUUGACACUUAAGACAUUCAGUUCCAUUGUUUGGGUCAUUGUGUUUGGCUGUAAAUAAGUGUUUCAGGGAUUUGGAUUUAAAUUUCUGGAGAUUUUAUUUGUUUGUUGUUGUCCACUGCGAGAUGUUUGUUGUUGUGUAUUGCAAUAUACUAAAUAUUGUAUUAUGAUGUUAUUGAGAUGUAUUGCUUAUCACAAUAUAUAUGGAGCUAUUGUCAUAUUUUCAUGUUGAGACGUUCUUUAUAUAGAUGGUGAUGUGGAAGACUGGUUUACUAUAAUUGUAUUUCAAAUUCAUAUCAGACUCUUGUUAAAGUGUUCUGUUGAAACUAUGCUGUUUCAAUGUAGGACAUUGAUAGAUGUGACCUAAUUGUUUUGGUAUAAGAUAACUUAUACUUUAAGAUUAUGUAACUAGGAGUUAAACCUUAUAUUCAGAUGUUUUUUUUUUCAAACUGACAGUGCUAGUUUAUUGGUUGAUCUUCCACAGAACUUCGCCACAGUUUGUUUUCUUAGAUAUGAUUAUAAUUAGAAGUUAAAAUUUUACUAGUAAGCCUAAUAAAAGAAAAAUAAUAAUGAUAUCAAUUUUUGAAAAGGAUGUUACCCUAGCCAAACCAUUUGUUUGCCCAAUGUAAACAAAUGGUGUUCAAUGAAAUAUGGAAAUAAUAUAUCAUCUUAAAGUAUAUGAUUUUAUAGUAUUGUUGUAUUGUAGAUCAUGUUUGUAUUUUAUUAUACUUACUCUUAAACCUUAAGCUUUCAAUAGGAGCGUGUAAUAAUGAUUUCUAUGUCUGUUCUUUAUUCCAGCCAUAAGUUAACAUUGUUUAAAAAAUUCACGAUCCUGUUUGAUUUAUUUAUCUGUGAUAAUUAUCUAUAUUUCUGUGAUUAAUAUAAUAUUUUUUUUUAUUUUUUCGCAAAUUGUUUAUUGUAUGUUGAUGUAUAUAACACGAAUCUCGAUGUGAGUCUUUACAUAUAUAUUCAUAUGCAAGAUUUAAAAUUAAUUGUACAGAAAUGUUUCUUAGAUCAUCAUUUAGCAAAUGCAUUCAAGCUAUGUUGGUUCAUAAAAAAACAUGGCCGGCCGGGGGCAAGGCUAGUGAUAAAGAAAAACAUAUUUUCCCCAUAACCAUCAGGCAUUGAGCUUAAAAAUUUAGUAUAAAGCAUUAUCUAGUGGGGCUCUAAACCCUUUCCUAUAUUCCAAGUUUUUUGUUGCUUUGUUGUUAAUAAUGUUGAGAGGUGCAUUACACAUUUUCCUUAUAAAUAUGGCUACAAUUAAGAAUCUAGGAAGAUACGAUGAUAUAUUAAUGCAUGUAAACGAUUCAUGUCUGCUUAGUUAUUAGUGAGUGUAGCCGGUACUCCAUGUAUAUAGACUCUUAUAAACUUUGUGUCAAAUAUUGGCAGUACGGAAAUGUUUGAAUGUAUUUUUGUGUAGAAAUGUUAUAUUAUGAUGUAUAAAUUGCAUUGAAGAAAUGCUUCAAUCUAAAGGUUUUUAGCUCGACUAUUCAAAGAAUAAGGAGGGCUAUACUACUCGCCCCAGCGUCGGCAUCGGUGUCCGGUUAAAAUUUUUGGGCAAGUUGGGGUAUUCACUUAUAAGUCCAAUACCCUUUACUCAAUUGACUAAAUACUUCACACAGGUGUUCAUGGCCAUCACAUGAUGAGGUUAGAUAACUCCAUAUUAUUCUUUACACAAAUAAUGGCCCCUGAUUGACUAUGGAACUUGGGUUAAAGUUUAAGGACAGGUUGGGAUAUUUAUUAAUAACUUCUAUACCCUUCUAUACCUUUCAUUCAAUGCACUUAAUAAAAUUCAAAAUUAUUUACAACAAGAAACAUAACUCCAUUUUAACCCUAAAUACAAAUUAUGGCCCUUGAUUUUUUUUAUUUCUUUUUUAAAUUUUAUUUUCUUUUGAAAGGCACAUUAUUAUAUUCUUAACCAUAUUUUCAUAAUGGGAAAACAAGUUAUUUAAAUGACUUGCGUCAUUGUUCGGGUGGGCUGGUGGGAGGGCAGCAUCAAAGUCACCUUGUGUAUCGAAUAAUUUUAAUUAGGUUUGGCAUAAAGAGACCAAACUUGGUAAUAUUACAUCAUUAUUGUAUUCACUUCUAAGUCAAAGUUGCAUAGUCGAGCGCGCUGUCUUAUGACAGCUCUUGUUGAUACAUCAAAUUGCUUCUUACAUGUGUUUUGUUUCGUAUGUAAUUUUAUUCUGAAAUAUGAAAAUUGUGUAGAUGAACCAUCAGUAAGAGCAACUAAAUAUAGGCUGAGCUCUUUGUUUUGGGGCAGCUAGGCAAUGACUCUUUUAUAAUUUAAAAAUAGGCAGAAAUUUAGAAUUAUAAAGUGUUUCACUGAAUAUCUGUUAUCCUAAGUCUCCACAGAAAAGUAGUUUAUUUUCGGUGGGAUGGCCUACAAGCACUAGACAAGAUGUGGCAUAUUUUUUCGGCACGUACUUUGAUUUCGUGUUACGACUUCGCAUUUUCAAUUAUCAUUCUUACACAAUGGUUGGUGCUGAUAUUGUCAGGACAGUGGCCGGGCAGAAAUUUGAAUGGUUACCUGUCGGUAAGGAUUGACCCAAUCAUGGGAGCAACCAUGCCUUUGUAUGUUACUGUUUUUGAUAACAACAGCAAAAUCUAGUAGAAUUUAAAUUACAUUAUAAAUAUAAUACCUCUUCUUAGCAAUACAUUGCAUGUAUAUAAUGUUACUUACAAUUUUGCUGUUUAAAUAUAUACGAUUAUCCUUUAAGUUAUACUUGUAUGCAUGCAAAUAAGAAGGAACAGUUUUUGUAAAUACUUGUUCCACUAUUUGUACCUAUUUUAACUAUAUGGUUUUAUUUCAAGGUCAUAAGCUUAUUGUUAUGUUUUGAUAUGUCAUGUAUGUUUGUUAUUCAUGUCGGAAAAAUUGCUCAUUGAGCUAAUGUUUUUUGUUACCCGACUUUAAAUAAAUAUUAUUGUAUCUUGUAAAUAGAUUAUGUAAUAUGUAUAAACAGGAUUGGCAUGGUCAAGUUAGUAACAGUUGAAAACUGUGUACAAUUUACUCUGUUAAAUCAAGUUUUUGAUAUGAAAAAAAAUCAACGGUAGAUGGUUUAGAUAUCAGAAAAUAUAUAUUUACAAAGACAUUCGAAAACGUUAUAUAAGCAAGUAUUACACAAGUAACCCGAGUAUGUGGAAAAAGAUAGAGUUGUUCUCAUCAAAUAAAAGAUCGGUGUUAAAUCGACUGUGUUCUUUAAUAAGUAAAGCUAAUGAAAUAAGAAAGCUUACAAAUACUAUUCUUUAAUUACACUUGUAUGUCUUACUAUGUUUUCUUUCUAUAUUAUUUGUAUUUAUAUACCAAACUUUGGUGUUAUAAUUAUUUGAAU